UGCUUUUACCUUGUCCUUAGCAUCGUAUUCGCAUCAUGGUUGUGUACUUGUAUGACGGUAUGUUAUACACGACGCUGCUACAGGCACUCAGCUAAAAGCUUGAGUUACAGCGGCUUCUAGAAAAACUCGGAGAGCGUUGCAUUCACGUUUGCCCAUUCAUGGCUCCGUUAUUGCUGUGGGAAAAAAAGUAUAUGCAGUGGGACCAUUCCUCUAGCAGGCAUUUGCCCAGGCAAAAUUCCUUUGCGAUUAAGAGGUUUAAUGUACCUGCAAAAGCAAAAAAAAAAAAGGGUUUGCUGGAUUGAAGCAGGAGGCUCACACACAAGAAUAUAUGCAAAGCCUUCUGCAAGCCAGAGACGUAGCCACUGUGAGUUGGCAAAUUCAACAAAACAAUGGCUCCGGUCGUCUGAUGCACAUGACGGCAUCGAGAGGAGAGAGAAAGAAGCUACUUUCACCAGCAGGAACUACAAAAGCUUCAUCGUCUUCUCCUUUCUGUUGUAACAAGCAAUUUGCCGCCCUUGCUCGGGGAGAACAACAUUAUUUCGAUCGCCAACGGGGGGAGUAUUACCACCGAGAUGAAGACGAUGCAGUGUAGCCAGCCGUACUCCGAACACCCAGUCACUCUUUUUUUGCUCUUCGCC